AUGGGUUUCCAGAAACAGAAGAAACCUACCCACGCUCUUGUGACUCAGCUCGUCACGUCUGUCUUACCACACAAGGAGAAUGAUGUACCGCGCCUCUACCACGUCCCGCGCAACCCUCGCUACGAUCCAGGAACCGCCGUCGUCGAGCACAUUGUGCUGAGCGUUACUCCGACACCCGGCGUAUACUCACUCAUAGGCUACCCGCCGGCCGAAUUGAGUGAAGUUUCGACAUUGUCGAUUCCAGCAAACAGUACUCGUCAACCGCGGACGCUAUGCUUCCUUCACAGACCCUUCACGCUCGACCGGCGUAAUGUGCGCCGAGGCACGCUCGUUCUCUCGAGUCACACUUCCUUCGACGAAGUUCUUACCACAGGCUGGAACCUGCCGUUGGCGGAGCGACUUGGAAUGAACGUUGGCGAGAGCCUCUGCAUUCAAGGGUACAAAGGGGAUCCGGAAAGGAAGAUUGGAAUCCUCGGGCAAAUACACACGCCUCGAGAACUGCUGCUGCAGCAUGUUCAGCAGGAGUUUGGGGAUCUAGAGCACGUACAUGACGGACUGUCAGACGAGAUACGCGUCGUAGCGAUCAUGAAUGCGUUCAACGAAGAGGAGGUACGUCGUGUGGUGGACAUGACCCAGCAGGCGGGCUGGGCAGCACCAGACGACGACGCGCCAGGCAGACAUGUGCUGUACCUCACUGGACAGCCGCGUGCACUUGGGUUAGAAGCUGCGAGGACAUUAGGUGUAACGGUGGCUUGCGUAGGACACAAGCAAGCGGAAGAGUGGGGGAUCCGAUAUAUGGCUGCACGUUUGCGCACAGAGUUUCCUGGUGUGCGUAUAGAUGAGGUCUACGAGCAAGAGGAGCCUGUUGUCAAGAAGCAGAAACCACUUUUGGUGGAGCCGAUUACUACGGCCUGA